CGAUCAUCCGGGCUAUUCUCAUUUGGUUGCUUGACUACACCAAACAGUUGUAACUUCCAUGUUGUUUACAAUUCCGAUAUAACUUAGUUUUAGUGGAAAAUCUCUUUAAAUAAAUUAAAGAUAAGUAAGUAAAGAUGUCGACGGCAGUGCAACAAUGCAAAGGCAAAAAAGAUUUCGGUUAUUCUAAAGUGAAAUCACCAGAACAAGUAUUGAAAGGAUUCACAAUUCAAUCAGUUCAAAAACAUGCACAGGGAAAGAUUGAGAAUCCACCAAAAGCUGGAGCUUUCUCAGAAAGAGAGACGACUAAAACUGCCUUCAGAAAGUUUUAUGAAAGAGGAGAUUUCCCAAUAGCACUUGAACACGAUACAAAGGGAAACAAAAUUGCAUGGAAGGUUGAAAUUGAAAAGUUAGAUUAUCAUCAUUAUCUGCCCCUGUUCUUUGAUGGACUCUGUGAAACGGUACACCCUUAUGAGUUCUUUGCCAGACAAGGAGUUCACGAUAUGUUGGAGCACGGAGGUUCAAAAAUCCUGCCAGUCAUUCCACAGCUUAUCAUUCCUAUCAAAAAUGCUCUGAACAGUAGAAAAGAGAAUGUUAUAUGCACAACACUAAAAGUGUUGCAACAUUUGGUAAUAUCAGCAGAUAUGGUUGGAGAGGCCCUGGUUCCAUAUUACAGACAAAUCCUGCCCAUCCUCAAUAUCUUCAAAAAUAAGAACUUGAAUUCAGGUGAUGGAAUCGAUUACAGCCAACAAAAAAGACAAAAUAUUGGUGACCUUAUUCAGGAAACGCUAGAAGCCUUUGAGAAACAUGGCGGUGAAGAUGCUUUCAUAAACAUUAAAUACAUGGUUCCUACAUAUGAAUCUUGUAUGUUAAAUUGAGAAUGACAACAAUCUUAUAGACAAUAAUUUCCUUUGAAGAAACAUUUUUUUCCUCUCCAUUUUUUUGGCCUGAAUAAAGAAUUAAUAUGUUAUUACUAAAGUAAUUUUUUUUCCCCGAAGAAAAGAGAACAACUAAAAUUCAA